AAAACAUUUCGUCCCAACUAAUAACAUGUUUUCUGUGGAAGCCAUAACCACCACUUGAAAGAACCCAUCCUAGUGAAAACAAAACAACCAUAAGAAACACAUACCCCAGCUUUCAUUCGCUCACCAUGGAGAGCACCGACUCCUCCACCGGGUCACAACAGCAGCCGCAAUUGCCACCUGGCUUCCGCUUCCACCCCACCGACGAGGAGCUCGUCGUUCACUACCUCAAGAAAAAAACAGCUUCCGUUCCUCUUCCCGUCGCCAUAAUCGCUGAGGUUGAUCUCUACAAGUUUGAUCCAUGGGAGCUACCCGCUAAGGCCACGUUUGGGGAGCAGGAGUGGUACUUCUUUAGUCCGAGGGACAGGAAGUAUCCGAACGGUGCGAGGCCAAACAGAGCGGCCACUUCUGGGUAUUGGAAGGCCACUGGGACCGAUAAGCCUGUGUUAACCUCUGGGGGAACCCAGAAGGUUGGAGUGAAAAAGGCUUUGGUUUUCUAUGGAGGGAAGCCCCCAAGAGGAAUCAAAACUAAUUGGAUCAUGCAUGAGUAUAGGCUUGCUGAUAACAAGCCUAACAAUAGGCCUCCUGGCUGUGACUUGGGCAACAAGAAAAACUCUCUAAGGCUUAAUGAUUGGGUGCUGUGCCGAAUCUACAAGAAGAGCAACACGCACAGGUCUCCCAUGGAGCAUGACAGGGAAGAUUCAAUGGAAGACAUGAUUGGAGGGAUUCCUCCUUCGAUCAACGUGGGUCACAUGAGUGGGAGGUAUCAUCACCAUCAUCAUCAUCUUUCAAAGAUGUCCACAGGCUACAGCAGUGCAUUGCUGGAAAAUGACCAGAACCUGUUGGAAGGGAUGAUGAUAGGUAACGGAUCAGUGAUGAACACAAGUACGACUGGUACUACACCUGGUGCCAUGGGGGCCUCAAACUCCAAGGCAGAGCUUUCUUUUGUGCCAACCAUGACUCACUCUUCCAACACUUGUAAAAGAACACUCUCGUCGCUGUAUUGGAAUGAUGAGGAUUUGGCUGGCACCUCAUCAUCCAACAAGAGGUUGAAUUUGGAAAGUGGGGACAACAAUCACGGAAGUGUUGUGAGAACUGAUCAAGAUAAUGGCACUGCCACCUCAAUUGUCACUCUGCUUAACCAGCUCCCUCAAACCCCUUCAUUGCACCAGCAAUCUAUGUUGGGAUCCAUAGGCGAUGGACUUCUUAGGACAACAUAUCAAAUACCAGGAAUGAAUUGGAACUUGGAAGCAGUUGUUAGAGUCUGAUCAAUUAGAUGGGCCUCAUCGAAUGAACUUGUUCAACCAUUGGAGGUAGCUGCAGGCAAUAACAACGCUAAAGGUGAGGCCAUGGGAUAUUUUUAGCUAAAAUUAAAUAUAGCUUUAUACGUAUAUAUAGAUAUUUGCUUGUUUUAUUGGUAUGUAAAUAAAAAUGGUGGUGUGCUCUUCAUGUACAAAUAUUCAAAAGAGAAGAAAGAUUUCACUUCAGCAGUUAUAUGUAUACCUUGAUUUAGGAUACAAA